ACUUCAGCCUCGUGCUAGCAAACCAACCCCGGCAUCACAUCGUGGUCCAGCCUCGCGCCCCCAAGAGGCGCAUUGAGCAAGCGAAACUUACCAGUAUCGCAUUCACAUCGACAGUCAACUACAACCAGCAGGGACAAUUCAGGUCGCGGAACGACUGACAUUCCCCAUGUCAUGUCUCGGUCACCGGACAGUGCCAUGGGGCAUAUCUACAUCUACCCGUGACCUUCGUUCUGUCCACAGUGUCCAUCACCUCCGACCUCGACCUCGUCAGCCUUUGUCAGCAGCAGCAUCAGCCCUUCAGACCCGUCGCCACUUCAAAACUUCAAGCCCCAGACCACGCAAAGCUGGUAUUCUGCAACAAGUCCCCUGUCUCGAAUCAUGGGACGCCGACCUGUUCUACGAGAAAGCCUAUUCCGCAGCAUUUCCAGCCCGUCUUCCACGAUCAGCAAGCACUCUACCGCCAGCUUGUUGGAAAUGGUUCAUCCACGACGGAGAUUUGGACUUUAAAUUGAUUGAAGCCGAACAAGGGCACAGCGACACCAGCAACAACAACGAGAAGCAGCAGCCCUUGUCCCAGCAGCCUCAAGUAGCCCGGGUUCGGGUCCGGGUCCCUCGAUCGUCCGAGCUCCGUCCGUCUUUCUGGCAAGAGUACCAAUCCACUAUUGUGCCUCUGGAGCUGACAACCACAACGACAAAAGCUACGGCUGCGAGUGCUUCAGCUGCUGCCGGCGCUGCUUCUUCGACGCCGGACAUCAUCAGCAAAGUAUACAGCCACGAAGAAGUCGAAACAUUCCAGCGCAUCGAAGCCCCUUUGGGGGUAUUGCUAAAAUAUUUAUCGUCGAAGCAAUCCUCGGCCUCAGCUCCAUCUUCACCUUCAGCUUCCAAUCUGAAAAUGCAAACAAUCUACCUCGCCCAAUGCGAAAUCUCCUCUUUACCUCCCGCCCUCCAAAGAGACAUUCCUACCCCUGACCUUCUUCUCGCGGCUCAACCCUCACAACAACAAAACCCAACCUCCAGUUCAACUGCUCUGAAUCUCAUCAAAGGCGACAUCUACUCAUCCAGUCUCUGGCUCGGCCGUCCCCCCACCUAUACCCCCUUACACCGCGACCCGAACCCAAACCUAUUCAUCCAACUUGCCGGCCGGAAAGUAAUGCGUUUGCUUCCUCCCGAAGUCGGCGACGCGGUUUUUGAAGACGUCCAGCGGCAACUGUUGAACCUGUCGUCGUCCUUUUCGUCCUUUUCGUCGACCAUUCGCGGGGAGGAGAUGAUGGCGGGGCCGGAGAUGGUUUUGUUGCAUGAUGCGGUGUGGGGGGCGACGACCGAGGCCCAGGCGGUGGCCUCAGACGACGCUACUGACACCGCCAACGACAGUACUGGCGAUGUAAGCAUUGCCAGCAAUGCCAAUGCCACCAAUGCAAGCUUCGGUGGGAACAGAUACGCAAACGUCCUCAACAAAUACGGCUUCCAAGUCGAGUUGGGAAUCGGAGAAGCCCUAUUCAUCCCAAAGGGGUGGUGGCAUAGUGUCAAGGGGGUCGGGGACGGGGUUACGGCGAGUGUGAAUUGGUGGUUUCGAUGAUGAAAAAGAAAAAGAAAAGAACCAAGAAACCUUGAGCAGAAAAACCAAAAAGUAAAAAGUAAUUGUGUAAAUAGUAUAAAAUGUAAAUUCAUUGUAAACAAAGGCCCAAGCAAUUAAGAAAAAGGAAUAUAUCGGAAAAAAGGGAAAGAGGACAAACCAACUUGGGGACGAUGGCCACCACCACCACCACCACCACCACCA